GAAUAACUAGGGACCUGCCUAAGCUGUUCCUUCCUUACAUUUGUGUCACACAUCAGCAACAACCUCCGAUGAAAACUCCUCUGCUUUCAUGGCUUUUCUUACUCCGCAUUUGCUAUGUUUCACUCACCUUCCAUACGUUUGUGGUCUCUACCCAAUGUCCCGGCGAUCAGCAAUCUUUGCUGCUAAAAUUGAAGGACAGCCUCACAUUUGACCCUGCAACGUCUCGAAAACUUGUGAAGUGGAACAAUGCCUCGGACUACUGCUCUUGGGAAGGAGUGUCCUGCAAACAGGGUUGUGUUUCGAAUCUGGACUUGAGCAACGAGGCGAUUACUGGGGGACUUGAUAAUUCCAGUCCUCUUUUCGGUCUGAAGUCGAUCGAGAACCUGAAUUUGGCUUACAACAACUUCAACUACACUCAGAUUCCUUCCGAGUUCAAGCAGCUAACAGGUUUGACCAAUCUGAACUUGUCGAAUGCUGGCUUUGCGGAGCAGGUUCCGAUUGAGAUUUCGCACUUGACGAGGUUGGUAACUCUUGAUUUGUCUACCCUCGUUAUUCAGUUGAAUCUUGAGAAGCCGAAUUUGAAAGUGCUCAUUCGGAACUUUUCUGAGCUUGUUAAACUUUAUCUUGAUGGCGUGAAUAUAUCAGCACAGGGGACUGAAUGGUGCCAAGCUAUAUCAUCUUCACUGCCAAAAUUGAGGGUGCUGAGCUUGUCCGCUUGUUCUCUUUCAGGCCCUAUUGAUAGUUCAUUACUGAAGCUUCAAUCGCUCUCGGUUAUUCGUUUAGAUUACAAUGAUUUCUCUAUUCAAGUUCCUGAGUUCUUCUCAAAGUUCCCAAAUUUGACUUCCUUGCACCUAAGCGAUUCUGGCUUAUAUGGUACAUUCCCAGAGAAGAUCUUCCAGGUACCUACACUACAGACUAUUGACUUAUCUUCGAAUCCACAGCUUCAGGGUUCCUUACCAGAAUUUCCAAAGAAUGCAUCUCUUCGGUCCUUGGUUCUAAGGAGGGCUAACUUUUCAGGGUUUCUACCGAACUCUAUUGGCAACCUCAAAAUGUUGUCCAACAUAGAUAUUUCGUGGUGCAAUUUCAUUGGAUCAAUCCCAAGGUCAACAGAACACCUUCAUCAAUUGGUUAAUUUUGACUUGCAAGGGAAUGAGUUCAAUGGUUCAGUUCCAUCCUUCAGUAUGGCAAAGAAUCUAACCUCGAUAUAUCUUUAUAACAAUCUACUUGAUGGGACUAUUCCGUCAUCUCUGUUUUCUCUUCCCAUGCUGCAACAUUUAGACCUUUCUAACAAUCUACUUGAUGGGACUAUUCCGUCAUCUCUGUUUUCUCUUCCCAUGCUGCAACAUUUAUACCUUUCUUACAAUCACUUCUCUGGCCAGUUACCUGAAUUUGGUAAUUUUUCUUCCCUACAAGUCCUUGAUUUGAGUAGCAAUAGUUUGGAAGGGCCUAUACCCAUGUCCAUCUUUAAUCUACGACAGCUUCAUUUUCUCUCACUUUCUUCAAACAACUUCAGUGGGUCCUUUCUGCUUAAUGAUAUUCAACAACUGAAAAAUCUCCAAGAACUUUAUCUUUCAUACAAUAGCUUGCUAAUUAAUCAUUACAGUUCCAAUUCCUCCUACUCCUGUCCUCAACUUCGCACAUUGAAAUUAGCUGCUGGAAAGUUGAGAACCUUUCCUGAUUUCUUGAGAAAUCAAUCAAUAUUAGAGGUUUUGGACCUAUCCCUAAACCAGAUCCAUGAAAUACCCAACUGGAUUUGGAGGCUUAGUACUCUUGGUGAACUAAAUCUUUCUUGCAACUCUCUGGUAAAUCUACCAGGUCCUUUCCUCAAUCUUUCUUUCUCUGUGCUUGACCUUCAUUCCAACCAGCUUCAGGGACCAAUUCCAAUGCUUCCACCAUAUGCCGGUUAUCUGGAUUACUCAAGAAAUAAUUUCAGCUCAAGCAUACCGGCAGAAAUUGGUGAUUUCCUUGUGAGCACUGUGUUCUUCUCUCUUGCAAGUAAUCACAUCCACGGGAUCAUUCCAGAAUCAGUAUGCAAGGCGACAUCUCUUGAGGUUCUUGAUCUGUCCAAUAAUUCCUUAAGUGGCAUGAUUCCCCAGUGCUUGACUGCAAGGAACGGGCCUCUUGCAGUACUUGAUUUAAGGAGAAACAAACUUUCUGGCACUCUUCCUGAUAAUUUUCCUGAGAACUGUAGUCUACAAACUCUAGACCUCAAUGGCAAUGUGAUUGGUGGUCAGUUCCCAAAAUCUCUAACCAACUGCACAAUGUUAGAGGUGUUAAACCUGGGAAACAAUCAGAUAACAGAUGUCUUUCCAUGCUCAUUGCAGAACAUAUCCAGCUUGCGUGUACUUGUCUUGCGUUUCAACAAAUUUUAUGAUAGCAUUGAAUGCCUCAAGACUAAAAGAGACUGGCCAAAGCUUCAAAUUAUUGACUUAGCUCGCAACAAUUUUACUGGCGAAAUACCAGGAAGUUUUUUGAAAACGUGGCAAGCAAUGAUGGCUGACAAAGAUGGUGCCGUGUCAAAGAUUAAUCACCUCCAAUUUCAAGUUUUAGUCAACGGCCAGGUGUACUAUCAGGAUACCGUAACAGUUACCACCAAAGGUCAAGAGAUGGAAUUGGCAAGGAUCUUAACAGUCUUCACCUCAAUUGACAUCUCCUGCAACAAUUUUAAUGGAUCAAUACCUGAGGAAGUGGGAAAGCUCACAUCACUUCAUGGCCUAAACUUGUCCAGUAAUGCUCUCACAGGCGCAAUCCCAUCAUCAUUAGGUAAUCUACGACAGCUUGAGUCCUUAGACCUUUCGGACAACAAAUUGAGCGGAACAAUUCCAUCACAACUUUCCAAACUUAAUUUCCUCUCAUUCCUAAAUCUGUCGAGCAAUCAACUUGUCGGGAAGAUUCCAACCGGCACUCAGAUUCAGUCUUUUUCAGCAGAUUCUUUCGCAGGCAAUAAAGGAUUAUAUGGGCCACCGUUAGAUGACGGAUCACCAAGGUUGCCACCAACAUUAGAAGGCAAACAUUCUAAUUCUGCGCACAGAAUUGAUUGGGAUCUUAUCAGUGUUGAAGUUGGAUUUAUUGUUGGCUUUGGAGUUGCGGUCGGGUCACUUGUGUUGUGCAAGAGAUGGAGUAAAUGGUAUUACAAAACAAUGUAUAAAAUCCUUGUUAAGAUAUUCCCUCAGCUUGAAGAUAGAAUUGGUCCUCACCGAAGACAUGUCCACAUAAAUCAGAGGUUCAGACGCUGAAGUUAAUGAUCAUGGGGACCAAUGGAGCUGGACCUCAAGCUAUGCCUGGGGAAUUUGAGAUCCAACAAAUAAGAGGUUUGCUUUUUGGUUUUACCUUUUAAAUUUGUGUAUGUUAUAGUUAUAUUUGUAAUAGUUUAUUGUGUAUCUUUAUGCCUUGUUUUCAAUAAACUUCCUCGUACCGUCGAGGUUCUUGAAGUUAGUGUAAAUUGAUAUACCCAAAAGAGUGUACCACAUGUAAUGUAUUAUUUGUUCGAAUUGUGUAGUACGAUGUCGAGACCAACUCCACCCAAAAGAGUGUACUACAAAGAAUAUCUUGACUUCUAAAUUGCGAUAUGUUUUAACA